CGAUUCCUGACUGCCUUCUGAAAGUCCGGCCGUCUUUUCGAUUGUACUGAUUAACUGAUUUUAACUCUUCAUCAGCUUUACACAAUCUCAACUUUACACUUUUUUCAUUUUACUUUCUUCACAAAUUCAUUCAACUCAAGACUCCAAAACUCAAAAAAACACGCUUUAUACAUCUCAACUUCAAUGUCUAAAAACUUUCAUGUUACUAAAUGGUGGUCUGCUCAACCUGAUGUACUUGGUUAUUGGGGUCCAGCAACGGCAUCUAUCGAUUGGUGUGAAGCCAAUUAUGCCAUCUCACGAUACAUUGCCGAAUUCACAAACACAUUUUCAAACCUAGUCUUUGUCGGAUUGGCCAUCUAUGGGAUUAAGAAAUGUCGAGAACAACACUUACCUCUUCCACUUGCACUUUGUCAAAUCGGUAUAGCUCUAGUCGGUUUUGGAAGUUUUGCCUUUCAUGCAACCUUGAAUUGGAAUUGGCAAUUGGGUGAUGAACUACCGAUGAUCUAUUCAGUUUGUUUUAUCACCUAUGUAGCCUUCGAUACUGCUCCAGCUUCAGUACCUCGCUCUUGGUUCGUCAAAGCCUUACCCACCAUCUUGUCUCUCUAUGCGAUCAUCAUCACCGUGGUUUAUGUGAGAUGGCCAAACCCGGUCUUUCAUCAAGUGGCUUAUGCUUUUAUUCAAAUCUUGUCGACUGUUAGAGUUUAUUAUACUGUUCGAAACGCACCUGAUACCACUCCUGCAGAACAACAAAACCGAGCUGAUGCAUUAAAACUUGAAGUUAUGGGAUCUGCUAUUUUCUUAAGUGGUUUUUUGAUUUGGAAUAUUGAUAAUAUAUUUUGUGAUCAGAUAUCUCAUUUGAAAGAAGCUAUUGGUGUACCAUUCUCAUUCUUGUUAGAAGGACAUGCAUGGUGGCAUUUAGCUACCGGAACUGGUGCUUACUUGAUCGUCGUGGGUCUUCAAUUACUUUCACUCACAUUGAAAGAAGGAGCAGAAGGCUUUGAAUUGAAAUGGACAGGAAUGUGUCCUUAUGUUACAAGAGUUCCAUUAAGUGCUACUUCAAAGAAACGUAUCUUUUGAUCAAGAAAUCGGUUUCUCUUUCGUCUUUUUUCUUUUAUGUUUCAUUCAUUGAGCUUCUUCUUGAACAUUUUUUUUUCCUUUUUUUGUCUCAUUACUCUUUUCUUUCUUUUUUCCUCUAUAUCACUUUUUUUUCUUUUUUUCUUUUUUUCUUUUUUUUCUUUUUCUUUUUGAUUGAAAAACCAAACUGUAUACUUUCAUGUUAUAUUGACUUAUGAUAUCCAAUAUAUCCUUCUUUCAUGUGAUAUUAAAUCUAAUCUGAUUUUUUUUUCAAUCAUCAAAUAGAAAAAAAAGCAUCUCUUUCUUUCUCUCUUCCUUUUUCUUUUUCUGAUCAUUUGGAAAAGUGAUAGGGUUUGUUUUUUUUGCGACUAGGUUACAAAUUUUAAUGAUCUUUUCAAGAGUUUUGUAUUAUAGAGCUUGUUUUACUUGAAUCUUUUUGAAUGCAUUUUAUUUUAAACUCCCAUCC